AUGGGAAGAGCUCCUUGCUGUGACAAAGCUAGUGUAAAGAAAGGUCCAUGGUCUCCUGAAGAAGAUGCAAAACUAAAAGACUACAUAGAGAAAAAUGGAACUGGUGGAAACUGGAUUUCUUUGCCAAAAAAAGCUGGUUUGACAAGGUGUGGCAAAAGCUGUAGACUAAGAUGGCUUAAUUAUCUUAGACCAAAUAUUAAGCAUGGUGAUUUUUCUGACUCAGAAGAUAACAUAAUUUGCACCCUCUUUUCUAGCAUUGGAAGCAGGUGGUCAAUAAUAGCAUCUAAGCUACAAGGAAGAACUGACAAUGAUGUGAAGAACUAUUGGAACACAAAACUCAAGAAAAAAUAUAUGUCCAUGAACCAAUCAUUGGAGAUGAAAUCUCAACAAGUUACCCUUUUAUCCAUCCUUCAAAAUUCAACAACAUCAUCUCCAUCAUUAUCAAUCACAGGUUCCUUUUCCUACUCUUCAGCGGCAUCUUCAAGUCUUCUUAGUGGAAAUUCUUUUACUUCACCACAAGAAAGGUUCAUCAGUCCCUCUCAGAGCAAUAGCAAAAACCAGAUCAACCUUGUAAUAGAUCAAGAGCUUGUUGAAAAGUAUGAUUAUGAUGAUGAUGAUGAUGAUGAUGUUGAUUAUCUCUAUAAUGGUGGUAGUGUUAAUCAGUGGACAGAGAAAGAAAAUGGAUUAUGGGGAGAAAAUCCAUUUGAUGAAAUUAAAGAGCUUGUAAGCACUAAUAAUACUAGAAGUUGCAACAACUUUUUGUUUGAUGAGUAA